GUGAAAGAGGAAGAAAAAGCGCAGGAGCAGCGGGGAGCUCGGCGGCUGGCAUCCUUCUAGCAAAGUGCCAAAUUUCUCCUAUACUUUAAAGGUUUUUCCUCAUCUGUUUACAUUAGCACUUUACUUAUACUAAGACAAAACGCGUGCUACAUGUGACAGGACUUGCCAAAGUAGCCGCAUCCUGUAAUCUCGCCUCUUGAGCCCGCUUGCCUCCGUGAAACCGAGUUGAACAAAACAGCUAGCCGUGGUUAGCCUGCAGAGGGGUCGUCUCUAGACUGCAAGACUGACACUGUGAAAAAAUGUCAUCGAGGAAGAAGGUGCUGUUGAAAGUCAUCAUUCUGGGAGACUCUGGUGUGGGGAAGACCUCCCUCAUGAACCAGUAUGUGAACAAAAAGUUCAGUAACCAGUACAAAGCUACAAUAGGAGCCGACUUCCUCACUAAGGAAGUGAUGGUGGAUGACCGACUUGUUACAAUGCAGAUCUGGGACACAGCAGGGCAGGAGCGGUUCCAGUCUCUGGGUGUGGCUUUCUAUCGUGGUGCAGACUGCUGUGUGCUGGUGUUCGAUGUGACCGCCCCAAACACCUUUAAGACCCUGGACUCCUGGAGAGAUGAGUUCCUGAUCCAGGCCAGUCCUCGAGACCCAGAGAACUUCCCCUUUGUGGUGCUAGGCAACAAGAUCGACUUGGAGAACAGACAGGUGACGACCAAACGAGCCCAGGCCUGGUGCCAGAGUAAGAACAACAUCCCAUACUUUGAGACCAGUGCCAAAGAAGCCAUCAAUGUAGAACAAGCAUUCCAGACCAUUGCACGCAACGCCCUCAAACAGGAAACAGACAUGUCGGUGUACAAUGAAUUCCCAGAUCAGAUCCAGCUUGGGAAUGACAGAGCCAAACCUCCAGCGGAAAGUUGCAGCUGCUAAGAGCCCGGACCUGUGUCUACUGUCACCUGCACCUUUACUCCUGGGGAACAGUGCCCCCUACUGGUCUUCCUCCUUCAGCCAUUCCACCACAAUCACAACAACCUCCUAUGGAUGUCACCUUAUUUCUUAUUCCCACUUUCCACACUUCAAGUACCCAAAGAAUCAUACAAGAGAAGACGAAAAGGCCUUAUAAUACAUGGCUUUUGUGCAGUUUUUCUUCUUGCAAUGGCCAAUGUUGAACACAAGAUGGCGUCGUAUUGUUAAAGUGGUUUCUGGGACUGGCCCUGUAAUGUGACAAAGAUGUUGACUAACUUCAGCAUCCCAUCUUAUUAACUCUUUCCCACUUUUUGCUUAUUAUUGUCAAUAUAAAUCAAAUUGAGUUAUAUAUGUUUGUAUAUAUAUUUUUAGUUAUCCAGUGUUGUUUCUGAGUUCAAUUUGAACCAUGUUUUUUGCACUUUCUUUUAGUUUAGAAAUGAAGGGAUGGCUGAUUUUGGGCAACGUCUGCCUCUGCACAUUUUUAAAUUAAGCUCUGAACUGUAACAGUUACUUAUAGGGCUGCGCAAUAUUGGGAAAAAUACAGGGGUUUACUUAAAGGUGCUCUAGGAAACUUGUCAGGUAGAGGGUAUGCCACUUGCUUGUCUCCAUGGAGAGAUUAUUGCUUUGCCUGGAAUGUUUCAGCAUAUGGCAUGUAAUGUAUCUAUUUCUAUGGAGGUAAGUAAAUACAACUAAACCAAGUUAUAGGUCAGAACUGUGGAAAGGUGACCAACACACACUAAGAAUGUUUGUUUUUCAAGGUAUUUUUUAGCAAUAAAAACACCUGUGAUUGAGCAAUAGAUCAGUAAUGCAACAUUGAGGAAAACUUGCAGUCAAAGCAGUGGUGAACCCUCCACCUGAAAAGUUCUAUAGUACACCUUUUAAAAUGGGUUUACAAUUCCUGUGGUUUGUAAUGGUGGUUUGAGGUUCAGCUUCCAACAUGGAGACAUUUUUUGAAAAUCUAAAUCUAGCCUAUAAUGUAAACAGUAAAUAAAUAGUAAAUAGUACUUUUUCCACAUUUGUACAUAAUUGUCUUGAUAAAAACAUGCACCAAAUAUUGUGCAGCCCUAUUUAUAAACAUAAAAUAUCUCGUACACUUUUUUUGAUUGUAUCUUUAAGGCCUCACUUCAUCAUGAAUUAACUCCUUAUAUAUAAAUAUGUACGUUUUAUGUAACAUUACCUGAACUGCUAUUACUGCUGUAUGUUCAUCCAAACCAGUGCUUUGAAAUGUCAAACACGCACUCACUUGUCCAAAAAUGUCCUGUUUUGUUUUCACUCUUCUCGCUGCUUGUAGCUCAGGUUGGCGCCAUAUUUUUACAGGUAAAUUGUGUACUUUGGUGUAUUAUAGAUGGUAAAGGCUGACUAUAUUAACAAAUUAAAUGUUCUCAACUCUUCAUAAAAAGGUUCAACUUUCUGCCCUGUUAUUACUCGAUCUCCUUAUGUAAAAUCACCUCAAUCUCAAUGAUGUGGACAAAGAAAUUGGGACGACAAAUAAAACUAUUGAAUAGAA